AUGUCAGACCGCACCGCAGCCAACUCCAUGAAUGACCAAGGAGCUCCAGGAGACCGCAACGGAGCCCGCCAAACUGGGUCGGUAACCAGGGAGAAUGCAAGCGAAGACACCAACGACUCACCUGAGCGCCGUCAACAGAUCCGCCAGCAGGAAGUCGACCUGAACUACUACCGAAAGUUCCUGGAAGAUUUAGUCGGCGUCAUGCGUGACGCUCAUAGCGAGUCUGUCGCUCAGAUCGUCUCCCUCAUUCGCUCCGGGGCGUCAAACGAGGAGAUCCACAUCGCCCUUCAACGCGUCCGGGAGGCGAGCUGA